AUGAGUAAUAUUUAUAAAGGGACUUUGCUUUUUUAUAGAAGGAUGCUCAAGACUAUGAUGAAAACAUUCAAUGGGGAUCCAGAAAUGUUUCAUAGAGUCAGAAUCGAAUGUCGAAAUAAAAUCAAAGAAAAUGCAAAUGAGACUGAUUAAAUCAAAAUACAGAAUCACAUUUUUUUUGGAGAAGAAGCUCGCGAAUUCUUAGAAAAUCAUUUGAUAUCAGGAAAAUUAUAGCCGAAUGGGAGAUAUCGUUUUAAAGCCUAACCUUAACAUAGCAUGAAUGAUCCAAUUAAACAAUGA